GACGUUUCAAUUUAGUGCAAGGCACACUGGCGGCGCACAAGUCAGCAGUUUGUCCGAUGGAAAAAAGCGCCAAGUUGUGGUGGAGCGUCAAUGAAACUGUAAAGGGAUUUAAGUCAGAAACUCGAAAUAUAAUUGAGGAAUGAAUUAAGCUACGACUUGGCGCUGUUGCAACUCCUUGGGGGAAAGCAGCCUCGAACACUGAAGAUGCCUGGCCUCCAGGGUGAACAUGUAUCCUCUCUGGGGAGCCCCAUCAAGAGGAAUAAACUUUCUCUGAAGUUCUUCCAGAAGAAGGACACGAAGCGUGUUUUGGAUUUCUCUGAACCUCAAGCAGAUGAAGCCCAGCCAGUCAGCUGUGAUCAGGUGGUGCCUGCUCCAUCUUCACGCCCUGGCUCUCCUGGCCUCUUCUUGCCACCAAGUGAGAAAAGAGACAACUUGGUGCCGUUCGUGGGCUUCAGCAACGGUGGCAACACCUGCUAUUUGAACAGUAUUUUACAGGUACUCUAUCAUUGUCCAGGCCUAAAGGAAGGUAUCAAGUCAUUGUACAAUUUGUCAAAAAGGAACUCUAAACUUGGUGAAGAGAUUAAAUCUGAAGAGCAUUUAGAGGGUACUGCUGAACCUUCCUCACCGGCACACAUUGAGAUCAUUGGAAGCUUUCACAGUCUGAUAACCUCAGUGGAGCAGGUACAGGCCAAAUUCCUGCUGAGUCCAGAAAGCUUCAGUGAGAGAGAGCUUGACACGUCACCUCGCAAACUUCUUCACACGCUCAGGCAACUGAACCCAAUGUAUGAAGGCUAUCUUCAGCAUGAUGCCCAAGAGGUUCUGCAAUGCAUUCUAGGCUACAUCCAAGAGGCCUGCAUCACCAUACGGAAGGAGCACAAGAUGGAGAAGCAGGAGGAUGUUGAUGUGACUAAGGUCCAAGUCGAAAAUGGCACCCCUCUUAGUUCACACAAUUCUGAACUGGAUAGAAGCACAGAAGAUGAAGGUCAAGUGAAUGGAAAGAGGAAGAGCGAUACGGACCUGGGAAAUGCCAAAAAGAAGCCAAAAUCUGUUAAAUCUGCCAGAUCUAGUGCUGAAGAGGAGCACGCAGUGAGUGCACCUGUCACCCGUUCCAAAAGGAAGUCUUUUUGCGACAUCACCCAGGACAACACGAAUGGCAAAGAUGGAGAUGAAGGAAAGGGAGACAAGGAAAUAAAAGUAAAAGAGGAGGAAGAUGUAGGCAGUGAUGAUGAGAAAACUUCUAACGAGGCUGACGGGAAAAAGAAGCGGAGUAAAUUGAGCUGGCUGAGACCAGUUAGGAAACAACCCAGCAUCAUGUCGAUGUUUCGCACUGUGGGGAAGCUCACCACCUCCUUUGGAAAGAAGGUGGAGCAAGAGAACAAUGUGACCGAGGACAAGCAAACCAAAGAUAAGUCAGAAGAUGAUCAGGAGAUCGUCCCUAAAAACAUAAACAGUGUAGAGAAAGAAUCACAUGAAGACGGUCUGGACCUGUUGGAGCGCUUGUUCCAAGGCCAGCUGGUCUUACGCACUCGUUGUCUGGAGUGUGAGAGCUUCACCGAAAGGCGAGAGGACUUCCAGGACAUCAGUGUCCCCGUGCUGGAUGAGCAACCCAGCAGCCCAGACGAUCUCUCUUCAGUUUCUCCAUACCCCAAAUUAGAGCAGAAAACCUUGAAAUGGUCUAUUGCACAGUUUGCGUCGGUGGAGCGCAUCGUGGGAGAAGACAAGUACUUCUGUGACACGUGUCAUCACUACGCCGAAGCUGAAAGGAGUCUUCUGUUUGACAAAACGCCCGACGUCAUCACUAUUCACCUGAAGCGCUUCUCCGCCAACAAUCUGGAACUGGACCCCUAUGCAGGUCUGUCCAAGGUCAACACUCCCUUGCAGACGCCGCUGACUUUGUCUCUGGAGGAGUGGUGCACACCUCAAUCUUCCAGCAAAGGCCACCACUACCAGCUCUUUGCCGUGGUCAUGCACAGCGGCGUGUCCAUCAGCAGCGGCCAUUACACCGCCUACGUCCGCAUGAGUGGCCUGGAGGACGCCAAGCUCUGGCUGCAAGACAGGAAGGAGACGGAAGAGGAGGAGGCGAAGGACUAUGAUGACGGCGAAGUUUCUGUCAAGCAGAAUGCAAAAGAGCAGCCGGCGCCGAGCUUGGCGUGCAGCAAACCAGCAAGUAAAAAGCUUCCCGAGGGUGGCGUCGGACUCUUGGGAGGUCAGCGGAGUUCAGUGGACAGCGUGAGAGAAGCGCCCAAACAGAGAAAAACUCUAAACCGCAAUGCAGAAGCAGGAGAUGGGCCUUUGACUUCCUGUGAGGGUUUGGAGGCCUCGGAGCAGCAAGCUUUGAACAACCUCCUGGAGUACGAAGGAAAAUGGCUGCUCUUCGACGACUCAGAGGUGCGCUUGUUUCAGGAGGAAGAUGUCCUGCAAGCUUGUUCUCACCAGAGUUGCUCGUCUUCAACGCCGUAUCUGCUCUUCUACAAGAGAGUACACGCUGACACCACGCCACCUUCACCAUAAGAUAAGUACUAUUAAUAGUAUUAUGGAGCACAUGGCUUCUGUAGCACUCAUUUGUGCAACACCAACUCAUAUGACAAACAAUGAAGGUUUUGUGCCACAAGCAAACCUUUUCAACAAGUUUUUUUUCCUCAACCUUUUUUUGUUUGGACUUCUACCAAUUGACUUAAAAGUGGAGUUAUUGAAAGUGCUGCACUUGCUUCUAAAUCAUGUUGAUCAUCGAGUCUAAAACCAAACAACACAUGGACAUGACAAUUUACUCCUCUGCUGUUUUUAACAAGCUCAGUCAUGACUCAAAUGUUUUGUGUAAUGUGUGCAUUUCACAAUGUAAACAAAACUGUAUCAGAUCUUGAGUGGACCAGAAUAUGAAAUAAACUUUUAGUUCACUUUCUCACACA